CCUCUUUAACACCCCAGUACACUUCUAUCACUCCCUCGCCCCACACACACACGCCUCACCGCCCUCUUAGACACCCCAAAAGUCCCAUUCAAGCUGUGGUCAAGGUUGCAGUCACGGCCGUUUCUACCCUCUCCAGCAGCCUCGCCCGCCGCCCUCUGUUCCCUUCCCCGCCUGGCUUACAAGUAGUUCCUCCUGAUCGUGUUCCUUUGAAGCUUGUGUACUAAGCCGCAGCCAUGGUUCAAGGUGUACUGGUAUGCGGGACCUUCCUCACCAAACGGGCGCUCAUGGUCAUCGCGUCCCUGGUGCUGUUGGUGCUGAUUCUCGGAGGCAUCUCCCUGGGCAUCGGUCUGGCCAUGUACUGCGGCUUCCCAAACAACGGCGGGUACUACUACUACGACAGCUGCUCCAACACCAAGCUCUCCCUCCUCAUCAACGGGGGAGUUCUAAUAGGAUUCACGGUCAUCGGCCUCAUCGUGAUCGUGGUGCUGUCAUGCAGGGUCAAGGAGGCAUCAGUGACCGUACAGUCCACCGUCGUCACGCGGCCGUACACAGUGAUGCCCGUCUAUGGCCAGGCCGCGCCCGUCUACCCAGGCAAUGUCAUCUACCCUUCAGCGGUCCCAGGGCAGCCACAGCAAUUUCAACCUCAUGUAACUGCCUCAACUUCAGCGGGUAACAACCAACCCCAACCUCAGUACCAGCAAACCUCAAUGUUCCUACCCCCGAAAACGAACCCAGAAGCAGCCAUGACUCAACCCCCGAUGACUGACCCUGAAGGCGCCACAUGUAGUGCUCAAUUCCCGUCCCCGUAGUGUUAAAAGCCGACCCAAGCAUGUCCAGUCACCCCGUGCCAUACCUUGUCAUGCCCAGAUGUUAGUGUUUGAAGUAUUUGAAUGUGAAAAUUUAGGUGCGAGAAAGUGGACAGGGUAAGGGAUAGAUUUUAAACUAAAGGGAUAGAGGGUUGGGUUUUGACAGCCUAUCCGGUCACCACAUACCAUACCUAGCCAUUCCCAGGUGUUAGUGUUUGAUGUAUCUGAAUGUGAGAAUCGAAGAAGUGGACAGCGAAAGGGAUAGAUUGAAAGGGAUAGAGGGUUGAGUUUGAACAGCCUAUCCAGUCACCCCGUGCCAUAAUUAGCCAUUCCAAAGUGUUAGUGUUUAAAGUUGUAUUUGAAUGUGAGAAUGUAUUUGAAUUUGAAUGUGAGAAUGUAUUUGAAUUUGAAUGUGGGAAUGUAUUUGAAUUUGAAUGUGAGAAUUUGAAUGUGAGAAUGUAUUUGAAUUUGAAUGUGAGAAUUUGAAUGUGAGAAUGUGUUUGAAUUUGAAUGUGAGAAUUUGAAUGUGAGAAUGUAUUUGAAUGUGAUAAUGCAUUUGAAUUUGAAUGUGAGAAUUUGAAUGUGAGAAUGUAUUUGAAUGUGAUAAUGUAUUUGAAUGUGAGAAUGUAUUUGAAUGUGAGAAUGUAUUUGAAAGUGAGAAUCGAAAAAGUGGACAGAAAGAGGAAUAGAUUUUUUUUUACAGCAAAGAAAGGAAGCAAUUCAAGAGAAAAAAAAAAGAAAAAAAAAAGAAAAAAAAAGAAAUUAAAGACAAAAAAAAAAAAAAAAGAA